AUGGACGGGAGCGCACCCGGCUCACCAGGCCCUGCCAGCUCCUUCCCCAGGCUCGGCCCUCACCUCCAUCCAAUUAGCCUCCUGAAUUCCUCCCUCUGUUCACUGAGAACAAAGAACGGCUGGCACUUGCAACGUUGCUACCUGCAGCCGAGGGCUGUGAAGCGGGUGCUGGAGAGGAAGGGGGCAGAGCCGGCACGAGCUGCUGCCCCUCCUGUGCCUGCACGCCUCAGCUGCAGGGAGGCCCGGCCUUUGUGCCACCCCUUUCCAGACCCCUCCCCUGACGCCCUAGCCUAUGAGCUCCACGGGGACGAGAAGCGUCUGCCCUCAGCCCCUUCCACAGUGGCUGGCGCAGUUAGAGGACGCAUGAGGGCUCGUGGCUCAUUUGUGCAUCCUCUGCAGCCAGCAGUGUGCGGGCCUCGACUGUGGAUAGACGAAAUGAAUUACCAGGAAAUUGGAAACCACAACAAAGUGACCGAAUUCGUUCUCGUGGGACUGUCCAACCACCCCACAUCCCAGAGUGUUCUUUUCUGGGCACUGAUGUUUCUCUACAUACUAACUUUGGCAGGAAACAGCAUGAUCGUUUUCCUGGUGGGAGUCAGUUCUCAGCUUCACACCCCAAUGUAUUUCUUCCUUGGUAACUCGUCUUUACUGGAUCUCCUGUUCUCCACCAGUGCUUUACCCCUGAUCAUGGCGCACUCCCUGCAGAACUCUCCCACCAUCUCCUACAGCUCCUGUUUUGCCCAGCUUGCCAUCCGAGCCUUCUUGGCACUGGCUGAGUGUUUCCUUCUGGCCAUUAUGGCUUACGACCGAAACGUGGCUAUCUCAAAUCCACUCAGGUACACCUUGGUCAUGUCUUCUCGAGUAUGCACUUUAAUGGCUUUGGUUGUGUGGGUGACAGCCUUCCUGCUCACUGUCGUGCCCAUUCUGCUCUUCCCCAUCAGUUUCUGUGGGCAAAAUGCAGUCAAUCACUUCUCCUGUGAAGUCCAAGCCAUCUUCAAAUUGCUCUGUUCUAACACCAUUUCCCUAGAGGUUAUGAUGAUGGUAUGUGCUGUCAUUUCAAUGCCAGUACCUUUAACUUUCAUCCUUAUCUCUUACCUUUGUAUCCUCAGGGCUGUCUUAAGAAUCCAUCCAACUGAGGCUAGGCUUAAGGACUUUUCCACAUGUGGUUCUCACCUGGUCGUGGUCACCAUCUACUUUGGGACACUAAUAUAUAUUUCUAUGAGACCACAGGCCAAAAAGUCCCAAGAUGGUGACUGUAUGGGACACGCUCUGAGGUAUGUCGUGUAA